CUUCAUACAAGAGUGUGUGCUUCCCGCUUGAAGACUCUAGAAAAUUUGCCACCAUUUAUGUUUCAUUCUAAUUUCAUUCCCGCGUAGAAGGAGUGUCCGAUUAUUUCCUAUACAAUAUAUUAUCGUUAGUUGCUAGUCUGUAUUACAGUAAGGUAUGAUGAUAACCUGUUCAGCUAAAGGCUGUCCUUCUAGCCAAACAACCAAGAUUGAUGGAAGACCAAUUUCAUUUUAUGCUUUCCCAGAAGAUGAUCUCAGAAAAAAUCAAUGGCUUCACAAUUGUAAUCUGGCUUCUGGUGUUAAUGACAAAGAACCCUUGCAUCUUUGUGAACUGCACUUUGAAAGAAUACAUUUUACCACAUCCAGAGAUUUGAAGUCAAGUGCUGUUCCCACUUUAUUUGGUAGAAUAGAAGAGCCUGCAAGAAAACAUAAGACAGAAAGUAUGCUACAAAUGAAAGUACCACCGUUAAAACAGAGAAAAUUAGAUACUACAGCGAUGUCAUCUGAAAAUCUAUCUACACAACGCAUAAAUAACACCGAAGAUUCAGCUAAUGGGAAUAAAGCAGAUGUAUCAAUUAAUAAUACGGCAGUUAUGAACGGUUCUGCCACGUCAGCUACUGCAGGUGGGAAUUGUGAGAAAAAUAAGGAAGUAUAUCGUUUAACAAUACAAAUUGAUAAAAUACGAGGUAGACCAGGCCCACGGUGUAAAAAGUUAAUACCUUUAUUGAUACACAAUAGUGAUAUGAAAGACUUAAUGGUGGGUGAACAUGAAAUUAAAAAGAAAACUCAGUCAUUACAGAAUGUGAAGAAAGUCUGUAAGCAAGGUAGCUGCAAAAUAAGGAAAUGUAUAUACAAUUCAAAAUUGGCAUUUCAAUGUGAGCUAUGUAAUAAAUAUUAUAUCACAAGGAAACAAGAGAGCCAAGAUGACAAAGAUAACUCUACAUGUCACACUUUUCUUGGCUCACCAUCAUCAAAUUUUUCCAUCAAGAAACUUUUUAUUUGCGACAUAUGUCAAACAGAGAGUAACACUCAGCUCAUGUAUGAUAAGCAUGUCAGAUAUCAUGUUAGUACUGAUCCUUCAUAUCCGUACAAAUGCCACUUGUGUGCAAAAGUAUUCGAAUUGAAAGAAGAUGUUAAACAACAUUGUUUAAAUGAGCAUCCUAAAUUAAAGACAUUGAACACCUUACGUCAAAUCACUUCGCCUAUAAAAAUAGCUGGUUCACAAAACAAUUACCAAUGUAUCAGCUGUAAUAUUACUUUUAGUAAUGAGCAAGCUUAUAGGAAUCAUGUCAACUCGCAUAAGAAGAAAGAGAGCUUGCGAGCUAAAAUUAACGAGACCAAAGUAUUUCCGGUGUCAAAUCCUUUAAGUGGCAGUCAAAUAGGUAUCCUACAACCGGUAAAAUUUAGCUGUAAUGUGUGCUCCAAAGAAUUCGAUAAUGUUGGGGAAGUUGGUAUUCAUACGAAGACACACUUGGAAGAAACUAAGGAGAAAGAGAGUCUCAAAUGCAAUAUCUGUAAGAAAUUGUGUAAGAACAACGCCGCAUACAAUGAGCAUAUGAAACAACACCUAGCGAAUGCAUACCCUUGUCCAACUUGCUCGAAGGCCUUUAUUAAUAAAACUACUUUAAAAAUACAUCAAAAGACACAUGAAACAUAAGUUACAAUACUGUGUGUACACUCUAUUAUACUGUAGUUAAGUGCAAAUAUUAUACUUCGUAACACUCAUCACAAAAUUAACAAAUUACACAGUUGAAUUUUAAUAACGUAUGUAGCCGACACAAUCGAUAUUUUAACCAGAUGUUUUUCUGCAUAAAUGUAUGAUAUAUAUAUAUAUAUAUAUAUAUAUAUAUAUAUAUAUAUAUAUAUUGCUUUAAAAAGUUAUAUAUUACUUACAUGUACGUAACACAUGUUAACAGCAACUUUGCAAGGAAUCGUAAUUUGUAUUUCUCAAAUAUAAUUAUGUUUGUGUGUUUUUCAUAUAAUUCGUUCUUUUGAUGUCUUAUUCACGUUAUUAUGAUGACGAAACAUUUAGAAGGAAUGCACUGAUGCAUAAAAAUUUCUGUAAAUAUCAAAUCUACAUUUCAUACAAUACAUGAAUGUUACAUUUACCUAAUUACAAUCAUACAUACAACAUACAUACAUAUAUAUAUAUAUAUUAUAUGAUACAUUUUAUUAUAAAGAUGUUUUACAAUGCGUUUUAUGAACAUUAUGUAUGUAUCGAUUUAUUAGUUAAGAAAUCUUCUUUUUUUUCUAUCUUAAUUGAUAUAUUUGUAAUACAAUAGUUCUCACUCUCAAUUAUAUUAUAAAAUAGUCCAAAAGGAA